UAUUGGACAGGUUGGUCUUUCUCUAAAAGAUACCACUUUUUCUUUGUUCUAGUUUUUACCACUAGAACAAGUCAUGUAGGGGAAAACUCAAGUCUUUCACUACACACACAUACACAGAGAGAGAGAGAGAGAGAGAGAGAGUUCAAGGCACUGCUCACAGAUUCUUCGUCUCUGCAACACCAAUGCUGAAGAUGGUGUGGUUCAUCUUUCACCUUCUUUUCCUCUUUGCUUUGGGUGUAACUGGUGAAGGGGAAGAAUCUGUUCAACUCAUCAACCUCUAUGACACAGUCCCUGGGGUACUUCAAGAAUCAAUUCACUCCGGCCGUCCUCUAGCUGUUUCUGUAAAUGCCGGAGAGAUCACUGAGAUAUCAAGCUCAGUUUUAAUGGCUGAAAGUUUUCUCAGAACCCAUGUUCUGGCUCACUACCCUGCCACUCCCAUAACCACCAUUGUCGUCGGCAACACUGUUCUGUGCCUGAAAGAGCAAGAGCACAACUUGGGUUUGGUCCUACCAGCACUCAAGAACAUUUAUCACUCUCUUACAAGGUGGGGUCUUGAGAAAGAUAUCAAAGUCUCAGCUGCUUUCUCUUCCAGCUGUUUAAACCAAAACUCUGGUUUCUAUAGAGAGGAUGUAGCUGAGAAAUUUGUAAGGCCUCUGCUAGAGUUUCUCCGAGGUACAAACUCAACCUACUCUGUGAACCCACCUCCAAAGUUCUCACCUUUACCUGAUGAAACCAUGAAGUUGGUGUCUUUUCACUCAGAAUCCCUUAAAAAGCUUGGAUUUUUGGACCUCACCAAGAUCAAUGUCAUACUCAGCAACCCAGAAGAGAGAAAACCCUGGAGCAGAAAGCUCUCUUCUUUCAUGGAUUCCAGACCUGUAGACCCAUUUCCAGCAAGACCAACCCCACUACCAAAAAUCUCUGAACCCCCACUUCACUCUUCUAUUGGUUUCUCUGUUCCUGCCAAUGUAGCCAAGAAACCUCAUCCCCCACAACCCCAAAUAGUCUCUCCACCACUCCAAGUGUCUUCCCCACAACCCCAAAUAGCCUCACCACCAUCACCACAAAUGCCUUCCCCAAAAGCCCAAGUAGCCUCACCACCAUCACCAAAAAUGCCUUCCCCAGAAACCCAAAUAGCCUCUCCACCCUCCAUGUCUUUCUCUUCAGCUCCAGAAAACCCUCCUGUUGCUGAUCAAGCCCCUCCACCUUCUCCUUUCACAUUGCCCCCAUGUAACCCAAGACAUGAUGCAGGGGCCCCAGCCCCUCAAGUGGGAGUGGUGCAUAACAAGCUGUGGUGUGUGGCUAAGCCUACUGUUCCUGCAGACACUCUGCAGGCGGCAAUGGACUAUGCUUGCGGAGAUGGUGGUGCCGAUUGCAAUGCGAUUAUGCCGGAUGGCAACUGUUACAGUCCUGAUUCUGUUGUAGCCCAUGCCUCCUAUGCCUUCAAUAGCUACUGGCAGAAGAACAAGAGGAAUGGAGGGACUUGCAGUUUUGGUGGGACUGCCAUGUUAAUCAACAACGACCCAAGUUAUCUUCAGUGUCGUUUUGUUCUCACAUGAAUGCAUUAGGAGGGGCAACUCACUCAGACUGUUGGCUGCUUUUCCACGAUAGGACUUGAAUUUUAGGAAAUCUGAUUCUAAGGUGACCUUGUAAUUUUGUAACCCUUGGAUUUUGAUACUAGUUUAACAGUCUGGAUUUGAAGAAAAAUUAUUUAGUUCACAGUAGUCAUCUGGUAUCUAUGCACAAUUUAGCAGUCUGGAUUUGAAGAAAAAUUAUUUAGUUCACAGUAGCCAUCUGGUAUCUAUGCACAAUAGGCAGACUCUUUUGACUUGUAAUCCUUGAUAUGUAACCCUCUUCUUGCUAUAAUCAGAGAUGCAGCUUAUGUGUU